UUUGACGUUUGUUGUGUUCUGUGUUUACUUCUGCAAGUAUAAUUUUAUCAAACAAAAGUGCAUUAUUACUGGCCCAUACUAUAUUCCUAUGGCUAAAUAAUUCGUUAUAUGACCCUAAAAAUCGUAUAAAAAGUGUACUAACACAAAUUCAUUAUGUCGUUCUUUAAAAAUGUUGCUUCUGGAUUCAAUAUUCGCAGUCGCGACACCAUUCUCAAGGAAUCAUUGAUAAAUAAUUUGUCCGAGUGCGUAAAAGACAUACAAUACAACAAUCAAUUUGAGGAAAAUUUUCACAGCGUUCUAGGAUCAACGGAUUCGACCAAUACUCUAUGUAUGGCUUUGGAAGCAGUGUUUCUUCAUGGUUUGAAGGACACGUUUUUGAAAAAAGCUAAAAAUGUUUUAUCUGGAGACCCCGACCAUCGACCUCAGCCAAACUUCUGGCCGCUUGUACUUGUGUUAUCGCACAGACAAAACAUUGAUCAGAUUUCGUCACUGCUGCAAAUACAUACAGAAAUAGGGCAGUGCAGAGCCUGGUUACGCAUAGCUCUGAAUGAGUGUCUGUUAUCUUCAUAUAUGUCGACGCUUCUACGCAACAUAUCGGCCGUGAAACCUUUCUAUAGUCGAUCGGCUUUUGUCUGUGAUUCUGAAAUAUUGGAGGUAGCACAAAAGUUGGUGGAAGGACUUGAGUCUUGUGUGCAGUUUAAUCUGCCAAUAAACUCCAGCUUAUUGAAUCAAUGGCCAGAGCAAGUUCUAAUGUUAGCUGGUGUUUGGGUGCCAACAAUGAGGGCAGCCCCAAUCAGUGCUGGGUUAGAUAUAGCUAGCACAAUCACAGAUGAAGAACUCAGACCCAAAUUGGCGACAACACCAACACACACCUCCAACAUCACUGGGCUAGGGCGUAUGCUGGCAUUAAAUGAAGACGAAGCUUUGGAUUUCAUUUUAUCAAAAGACUCAAGGGAUAUUACAAGUAGAGAUAUUGGUUCUGAAAUAAUAGAAAGUGAAACCAUUAAGCAAAAAAAGCCAGAGGAUCCACUUACUGCUGCAGAAUCUGAGCCUCAAGUAAUAGAAAAGCCUUCUACAAGUUUGGAGCAGAGAGACACAUGCUUCUCACCCUCGUCUAUUGAUUCAGAAGAUUUUGUUGCACCUACUGAUGUCAUUGUGACUGGCAAUUCUUUGUGUGGAAAGGGAUGGUCUGCAGAUACCCAAGAUGAACUUAACACCUCAAUAAACUCAAAUUCUUCUCAUGGCAGUAGCAUGAUAAAAACACCAGAAUUGAAGAGUUUGUCAUCUCUAGUGGACCAUUCAAACACUUUUGGGGAUACAUAUGCUAAUACUCCCAAUUUGAGGGACAUUAUGAAGGAUAUUCAUAAAGAACUCAAGCUUGUCAGUGAUGAUGAUGAUAAUACUGAUAUAAAGGUAGAUGUUGCUACACCAGAGGAUCCCAUGCUGCAAGGUCUAGAUUUUGAAAUUGUUCUUAAUUCCACAACAGGAUCUUUCACAGCUCAGGAGCUCCAGAAAAUGAAGCAACAGUUGGGAACCCUCUCCCGGGAGCAAGGACUGGAUUACCAAAACUAUCAGUGCAAGGGCUGCCAGGAUUUAUUGGGAAGUACUGUUUCAAAAGCAAAAGUGUGUGCUUUCACAGGAGAAUAUUACUGUUCCAAUUGCAUUGACCCAAAUGUUUUUAUUAUCCCUGCAAGAGUGAUACACAAUUGGGAUUUCAAAAGAUAUCCAGUUUCAAAGAAGUCAGCACUCUUUUUGUUGGAAUUCCAACAUCAACCUUGGAUUGAUAUGAAGAAAUUUAAUCCCAAAAUAUAUUGUGGAGUUUCAGACAUGGCACACUUGCAAGAAUUGAGAAUCCAAUUGAAUUUCUUGAGAGCAUAUAUAUUUACAUGCAGAGAGCAUGUGAUAGAAGAUUUGCAGAAGAGAGUGUGGCCAAGGGAAUACCUUUAUGAGCAUGUGCAUUUGUAUACUAUAUCAGAUUUAGCUCAAAUUCCAAAUGGCUCCUUGGUAUUGCAGUUGGAGAAAGUGGUGAAUUUUGCAAAGGCACAUGUUUUAGAUUGCUGGCUAUGCAGCCAGAAAGGAUUUAUAUGCGAAGUUUGUAGAGACCCCAAGAUAUUAUAUCCAUUUGAAACUAGCACUACAUACCGCUGUGAUGAGUGCUCCAGUGUAUUCCAUUCUAAAUGUCUCAAUGCAAACAUACCUUGUCCUAAAUGUAAGAGGAAGCAAAAUCGCACAAAUGAUUUAUCUUUAGUUGAUGCUAUUCACAUGCCACACUUCAAUAAGUAGAGCUAGUAGUUAAUGUGUACAAAGAAUUUAUGCAUUUUAUCAAUGUAUAGUUUGUAAAUUGAAAUAUCAUAUAAAAUUAAACACAUCAUGUUGUAAUGUAAAAUACAUCUUAUGUUUCUGCAGGAUGCUUAUAAUGAAAUUAUUCUUAGUGUUGUCAUGUUAAAUCUAUUAAGAAUUUAGUUAGAUGUGUGUAGGUAUACCAAAAAGAGACUGGUACAUGUUGGAUUAAAGUGGGGCUGAAAAUUUGUGUAAGAGUUGUAUACAAUAUCUCUUGAUAUUAAUACACUGUAGAUGAUGGUUAAGUUAGUUUUAUAGUAGGCUUUAGAAUAGUGCUGUUCUACAAAUCUUCAAAAAUGUGAUAUGAUAAUUAGAUAAAUGAUUUGGAAUCCUCUGGAUUUUAUUUUUGUAUCAUGUAAAUAAUUAGCAUAAGAAACAGAUUAAAUGGGCUGCAGUUGGUUGGAUAUAUAAUUGGUCUUAUAAUGUCUUGGUAUGAUUUUCGGUUUAUCCUUGCAUCAAUAUUUCUAAUUUGUUAGGAAUUAUAUCAUCUUAAAACUAAUAUAUUCGGAAAUAAAGUAAUGUAACUUAAGAA